AUGAACUGUAUUAAAGGCCACUUUGAUGUGGAGGAUCAGAAGAGACUUCACAGCUGCCCUCAAUGCAGGCAAAGCUUCAUACCCAGGCCUGUCCUGGUAAGAAGCACCGUGUUAGCAGAAAUAUUAGAAGACCUGAAGAAGACUGGACUCCAAGCUGCUCCUGCUGAUCACUGCUAUGCUGGACCUGAAGAUGUGGCCUGUGAUGUCUGCUCUGGGAGAAAACUGAGAGCCAGCAAGUCCUGUUUGGUAUGUGUGGCCUCUUACUGUGAGGAACACCUUCAGCCUCAUUAUGAGUCACCUACAUUUAAGAAACACAAGCUGGUGGAGCCCUCCAAGAAGCUCCAGGAGAACAUCUGCUCUGUCCAUGAUGAGGUGAAGAAGCUGUUCUGCCGCACUGAUCAGAAGUCAAUCUGUCUUGUCUGUGCGAUGGAUGAGCAUAAAGGCCACCACACAGUGUCAGCGGCAGCAGAAAGGACUGAGAGGCAGGGAGAGCUGGAGGGGAGGCGGCAACAAAUCCAGCAGAGAAUCCAGGACAAACAGCAAGAUGUGGAUCUGCUCCAGCAGGAGGUGGAGGCCAUCGAUCAGUCUGCUGACAAAACAGUGGAGGACAGUGGGAAGAUGUUCACUCAGCUUAUCCGUCUCAUUCAGAACAGACGCUCUGAUGUGGAGCAGCAGGUCAGAUCCCAGCAGCGAACUGCAGUGAGGGGAGUCAAAGAGCUUCAGCAGGAGCUGCAGCAGGAGAUCACUGAGCUGCAGAGGAAAGACGCUGAGCUGCAGCAGCUCUCACACACAGAGGACCACCUCAGUGAUCUCCUGCUCCAGCUCCUGCUGAAGCUCUUUGACUCCCCUCACUGCAGUUUGCUGCUGGGAUCUGACCUGCUGCUCCACAUCAGAGCGUCUUUUCUGGAUGAAACGGAUCAGCUGAGUGAACAUCUUCCCACUGUCUUCCACUGUUUUGUCAGCAAACUUAUCGAUGGCCUUCACCUCCUGCUGGAGCAGCUCCACAUCUUGCUAGCAGAUAUAACAGAUGGACUUCUGAUCAGUGCGGCAGAACAGCUUCUUCACCUCAUCAUGGACAGAGCAGAUGUUCUCCUGGAGCUUCUUGGAGGGCUCCACCAGCUUGUGUUUCUUAAAUGUAGAGCAGACAUCACAGGCCACAUCUUCAGGUCCAGCAUAGCGGUGGUCAGCAGGAGCAGCUUGGAGUCCAGUCUUCUUCAGCUCAGUGAUCUCCUGCUCCAGCUUCUGCUGAAGCUCUUUGACUCCCCUCACUGCAGUUUGCUGCUGGGAUCUGACCUGCUGCUCCACAUCAGAGCGUCUGUUCUGGAUGAGACGGAUCAGCUCAGUGAACAUCUUCUCACUGUCCUCCACUGUUUUGUCAGCAGACUGAUCGAUGGCCUCCACUUCCUGCUGGAGCAGCUCCACAUCUUUCUGUGUGUCCUGGAUCCUUUGCUGGAUUUGUUGCCGCCUCCCCUCCAGCUCUCUCUGCCUCUCAGUCCUUUCUGCUGCCGCUGA